UUUUUUUUAUUAAUUUUGGGAAUAAUUCUUUAAUAUUUUUUUUUAUUUUUUGGAACUACAAAAUGCUUUUACCAACUAAACGUUGCAAAUUUACUAUUUCGAUUGAGCGUGAUCCAAUUUUCAUAGCUGGCCGUUAUUGCAAAUUUUCCAGAAAUUUGCCUCAAUCUGCUUGGGGAUUUGAUGGGGAAAAUGGGCAAAAUGGAGGAUCUGUUGGUGAACGAAUUUCAAAUGUUUUGGUUAAACAUUUUGGAGCAAAUUCUAGUCGGUUUACGCCUUCUGGGAGGGAGGAUGUUGAUGUUAGAAUGUUAGGAACUGGAAGGCCUUUUGUUGUUCAAUUAUUAAAUGCUAGAAGAACUUCUUGUUUAAAUUAUAAAAAUUCUACAGAAAAAUUGCAAGAAUUAGCAAAUGAAAUCAAUUCAGAUUCAAGAAAAGAAGUUGUUGUUAAUUCACUUGCUCAAGUAAAUGCUAAACAAGCUUUAAUAUUAAAUGUUGGUUUGGAAGAAAAAAGAAAAGUUUAUUCGGCUCUUUGUUAUUCUAAAAUUCCAUUAAAAGAUGAUUUUAUUGAAAAACUUUCUUUAAAAUGUCCAGUCGAAAUUUUACAAAAAACAGCAAUUCGAGUACUUAAAAGGCGUCCUUUGCUUGAUCGUCAAAGAACUAUUUUUUGGAUGAAAGCACAAAAAGUGGAUUCUUUUCAUUUUCAGUUGAGAUUGCAGACUCAAGCAGGUACUUAUGUAAAAGAAUUUGUACAUAGCGAUUUUGGAAGAACACGGCCAUCUUUAGCUGAAUUAAUGGAUUUAGAGUUGGGCACUGUGGAUAUUUUAAGAUUGGAUGUUUUGUCUGUUGAAUUAGAAUGGCCACCAUUAACAUUAACAACAAUGGCUCUUCAAAAUGAAAAAAAAAAGAAAGAAAAAGAAAAAAUUAUUUAA